GUAGUUUAAUGGGUGAAGAAAAGAAGUUCCUGGAAACAGGAGUGAGGCGGGACGCUGUGGAUUAAACAGAGAUUCCUCCGAGGCUGGACUUCCCUGACCAGUGUUCACCCAUCACCAAGUCUCUGAGGUACAACAGUCUUCAUUCCCUCUUGUGAAGUUUAUCCUGCUACUUUCCAAACUUCGUCAGAGUGAGUGAGUAUCCUAGCAUGACUUUAGCGAAAGUUGUGGCAACAGGUCUGUGCAGUGAACUACCUUCUUCCUGCGCAAAGGUCAUUUGACGGACUUCAUCAUCUUGAAUUGACCUCCUUACGAACUCAGAGCCUCUGAUCAAUCUGCUUUCAACAUGAGUGGGCAGGGCUGUCAACUCCUGGUGUCCCCAUCGUUGAGCGUUAUGAGAGGACACCAGUCGCAGUCCAUCAGGAUGCCCAUGGCUUCCCCCCAGCGGGCCAGUUUCAGUUCCUCCUCAGGCAUGGGGAAAGUGAAAAAAGGGACUAUUCACUCCUUUACAUCUGGAAAACAAGGCACAAGUCAUGUUGUUCUGCCUGCUCUGAGCCUCCACAGACAGGUGUUGACAAAUGGCACACACCCAAAUGUGCAGACUGCAUCACUUCACAAACAAGGCCCCGCUCAUCCUCCAACCACUACAGUGACCUCUGACAUGCAGACAGGACUCUGCUCCUCUAAAAACAGCUUCAAAGCAGGUUGCUCCACGUUCCGGCAUUCCAUGGAGGUUUUUGGUCAGCCAGCUGCUCCUAACCUAACGGUGACCAGCAGUCCAAUGUCUGUUGCCCCACUGCAUCAGUAUACUGCAGCACCUCAUCCUCCAUCACACCCACAUGGUGUGCAGAUCCCCCACAUUGAAGCCAGAUCCUUACUGUCCAGAGAGUCCCUGGCAUCCACCACCCUCAGUCUGUUUGAGACUCAGUCAGUGUUUAGUGGCAGACAUGACUGGCCGUAUGGCUACCGUGUCCUCCCUCCAGUGAGUCUACCGCCAGCCAGCGAGGGAGGAGAGCAGCUCGGCCUUUCCCCUGGCACAGCCAUGUCCGGCACCACCAUAUCAGGUGGCACCAGCACCUCUGCCUCACUGCCUUCUUACCUCUUUACAUGCGACGCCGGAAGCCCCCGGCAGUCCCGCGCUAAGAAGAGAGCUCUUUCCAUGUCGCCGCUGUCGGACGUCAUGGGUAUUGAUUUCAACUCUAUCAUACGCACAUCUCCUACUUCUCUUGUGGCUUAUAUCAAUGGUUCUCGCAGCUCUCCAGCCUCCCAUCCCACUCUGUCACCUGUCCAGUCUGAGGGUUAUGGUCACUUCCUGGGUGUGAGAGGCAGCUGCAUCCCCCAGGCUCAUCCCUACAGCUCCUCACAGGCUCUAGCCCCACAUGGAGAAGGCAGUCGAAUACAGAUGCUUGAAGAGGGAGGGGGUCUGAAGAGCCAGAUGGCUAACAUGGUGGUGGAGCAUCAGUGCCUCCCAGAGGAAGGAGGGGCAGAAGGGAAGACUUCAGAAAGCUGCAGCCAAACCACCAACAACCUGCUGCCAUCUCUAGAGCUACAGCCAGCCAUGUUAGCCACUAUCCAAGAAGCUGCAACUCCACAAGGGCCUCCACCACCUUACCACUCGCACCAACACAUACAUCUCACCAGACGUCACUGCAAAUUAAAGCCAUCCACUCAGGACGCUCUCGCACAUGCUCCUCCUGUUCCUCCAAGGCAUGGUGUAAGCUUUUUACCCCAGGUGCCAAUGUUGGAGGAAGAAGAAGGAGAGCUGGAGGACUAUGGGGCCCACUGCUGCAGGUGGUUGAACUGCACUGCCAUUUAUGAGCAAAAGGAGGAGCUGGUAAGGCACAUAGAGAAACUACAUGUAGACCAGAGGAAGGCGGAGGAUUUCACAUGCUACUGGGUGGGCUGUCCACGCAACUUCAAGCCAUUCAAUGCCCGAUAUAAGCUUCUUAUUCACAUGAGGAUCCAUUCAGGAGAGAAACCCAACAAGUGCACGUUUGAAGGCUGCAAGAAGGCUUUCUCUCGACUGGAGAACCUGAAGAUCCACCUGCGCAGCCACACAGGAGAGAAACCUUACCUAUGUCAGUAUCCGGGGUGUCACAAGGCCUUCAGCAACUCGAGCGACCGAGCCAAACACCAGCGGACACACCUGGAAACGAAGCCGUAUACGUGUCAGGUGCCUGGCUGUGCGAAGCGCUACACUGAUCCAAGCUCCCUGAGGAAACACGUGAAAUCACACUCAACGAAAGAACGACAGCUACGGAAGAAGAUAAAAUCCACAGCUGAUGUGAUCCAGGACACACUAACAGACUGUUUAACAAUCCACCCUCUACAACCAAGCCUUUCUCCUCUGGCAGCAAUCGACAACAACUUGAACUCUCCCCCUGGUGCAUCCCACGAGUCUUUCUCUGCUGCUCCACAAGGACCAGACUCCUCCAGCAAUCCUCACCUGGCACUGUUGUGUUCCUUACAAGACGAUUACAGGUGUGUUGAUCCUUCCCCUCGCCAGCUUUUCUCUGGGGACCAGUGUGGGCCUUGCUCUUCCACCUGCCUCCCCCACCCUCCUCAUGGGACAUCCCUGCAGAACAAAUGUGGUCUGGAGCACCCAAGGUUGCCUUCUGAUCUAACAGACCAUAACCCAGAGCUCUCGGGGCAAAUGAAGAUGCUGUAUUCUGCGCCACAGUACGGCGGGAUCACAGCACAGACAAGCUCAAGUCACCUGAUGCAAGAUGAUGCCUUUGGUGACAGCCUUGUUCAUGCAGUCAAUAAUCCCAGUGGGGUGGCUGCGUUACCAACAGUUCUUUCCUGUGACACAGGAUUUCAUGGCCACAACCAAGCACAGGGUGUAACUCCUGAUGAAGAUGUGCAUGGAGGGGAUUUCUUCGGUGUGGUGGACCACAGCACAAGCCACGUCUCCUGCCUCUAUACGGAGGGAUGAUAAUCAGCCUGUGGGUGGUGUUUCUUUGCACUGUUUGAAGUUUGAAGUCAAAUGAUGAAAAAGACUUUAGACCGCUUUGCAGCCUACGGGAAGUUUCAUUUAGCCAUGUGAGGAGGAUAAAUCUACAAAUCUAAAGGCACAUUUACACCAAAUGUGCCAAGGACUUUAAGACAAGAAGGCGGCUUAAAGUUUAAUCAAGCCCAGAGAUUCACCAGUUAAAAGAAACGUAAUGACAAGGGACAUUUGUUUGCAGUUGAGUGGAAAAAAAUCUUAAUGUAUGUCCAUUUAAUGUAGGGGAAAAGAGGUAAAAGCAAGAAAGCACACUGUAUCAGACAAGGAAAUUGGCUUAGUAUCAAACGUAUCAGACAGCUAAAAUAGUCAGAGAUAAAGCUCCUGUCAGAGAUUUUCUAGCUGGUUAUGAAACAGACUAAUGUUGAUGCCUCUUUAUGACCUUCCAAGGCAGUCAUCAGUAGUUCAGGAAAAUUAGAAAUCCACUAUCUCAAAGUAUUAGAAUAUUGUGUAAAAGUCAAAUUUGCAAAUGUUUUCUGAGUCUUAACUCUCUCACUCUGGUUCAGUACACACAACCACAAUCAUGGGGAAGAUGUGACCUGACACAUGUCCAGAAGACAAUCAUUAGCUGCAUUUCCAUAACAGUUUUUUGCAAAAUAAAAGCGAUAUUUCUUCUAUAUAUAUUAGAUAAUUCGACUAAGUAAUUACGCUUUGAAUGUGUUUCCAUUGAAGAGAGUUUUGGGCAUAAACCUCGCAAUUCUCGUGAAAUUUCAUCUCACGAGACUCCACUGCAAGGAAGCUGGACGUUAACAACCUGUUGCGUGUUGGUGUGGUCAUUAUUACAUCUACAACGGUUGCCUUGACAAUUUUGAACAAAAGACUAAGGCAACAGAUGUCAGCUCAGAGGCAAAGAACGUACAGUGGCUUGCAAAGUAUUCAUACCCCUUAAACUUUUCCACAUUUCUUCAUGUUACAACCACAUUUUGCAUGAUAGACGAACACUAAGUGGCGCAUAAUUGUGAAGUGGAAGGAAAAUUAUAUGUGGCUUUCAAAAAUGUUUACAAAUGAAAAAUCUGAGAAAUGUGGUGUGCAAAAUAAAAUAAAAAAAAUAAAACCCAGUGCAACCAAUUGUCUUCAGAAGUCACCUAAUUGGUAAACAGAUUCCACCUGUAUGUAAUCUAAUCUAAGUAUUAAUACAGCUGUUCUGCAAAGGCCUCAGACGUAUGUUAGAGAACAUCAGUGAACAAACAGCACCAUGAAGACCAAGGAACACACCAAACAGGUCAGGGAUAAAGUUGUGGAGAAGUUUAAAGCAGGGUGACGUUAUAAAAAAAAUAUCCCAAGCUUUGAACAUCUCACAGGGCACUGUUCAAUCCAUCAUCUGAAAAUGGAGAGAGCAUGACACAACUACAAACCUACUGAGAAAUGGCCGUCCACCUAAACUUACAGGCCGUGCAAGGAGAGCAUUGAUCAAAGAAGCCACAAAGAGGCCCAUGGUGCACUCCACAAAUCUGGCCUGUAUGGAAGAGUAGCAAGAAGAAAGCCAUUGUUGAAAAAAAAAAAAAAAGAAAAGAAAAAAAAAGCACGAAGGAGUCUCGGUUGCAGUUUGCCAAAAGCCAUGUGGAGGACACAACAAACAUGUGGAAGAAGGUGCUUUGGUCAGAUGAGACCAAAAUUGAACUUUUUGGCCUAAAUGCAAGGCGCUAUGUGUGGUGGAAAACACCCUGAACACGAAAUCCCCACGGUAAAAUAUAGGGGUGGCAGCAUCAUGCUGUGGGGAUGCUUUUCUUCAGCCAGGACAGGGAAGCUGGUCAGAAUUGAUGGCAAGAUGAAUGGAGCCAAAUACAGGGCAAUCUUAGAGUUUCAGCCCUUCUCAGAACAAGCUGUUUCUGUGUCUUUGUCUUUAAAUGUAAUUAGCUGUCUGACUCCGCCCCUGACCACACCCCUCUCAGGAAGCGGAUAUGGCACUGCUGAUGUUACAAUGUUACACUUUUAUCCAAAGUUUAGGACCUGACUGGGAUGUGAGCCAUCAAAAGUCAGCAGUGUAACCCACUGAGUUAUCCAGCAUGGAUCUUCCUGUCAGAUCAGGAGAAGAGCAUGGAACUUUCUUCCAAGCAGGGAGGGCCAACCAAACCUGGGGGCGGGUGCUUACUCCCCAUUUGACAUCAUAAGGGUAAAAUCUGAGAACGGCUUGUUUUAGCACACAUUUUCUGAAAGGUGGUGAA